AUGGUACGACAUCAUCCAUUCCAAUCUAUCAUUUUCAAUCCCCAUAUCAGACUUUUGGCAACUGCAGCUCCUCAACCAAACCAUAUCUUGAAUGAUUUAACAGAGGAAAGUAACGAUGGAUAUAAUGUUAGGAUACGGACUCUGCCAUUUUCAAGAUUAAAUAAUAUCAGUAAUCGUCUGGAUGUUAUGAAGGACGUUGAUUAUACCGCAUAUCCACUAGAUACUUAUCCAAAUCCAUUAUUCAAAAUGAGUAAAGAUGAGAUUGUAGGUCUUGCAGACGAAGACUUCGCCCAUUUAUCAAAGAUUAAGUAUAGAGUAAUUGGUGAAGUUGAUCAGUUCUGUUUAAAUAUCAUCGAAAUCAUUGAAGAGAAUAUCUUAGAAAAGCCUAGAAUGAUCCGAAACUUAGCUGUUAGUUUGAAUCUAAUUCAAAGUGAGAUUCCAGUUAACGAUGUGACAUUACUUCAGGAUAUGAUACUUGAAAAUGCUAGAUCAAGAUUAGCUGACAACAAACUACAAUCUUCAAUUUUUGAAUAUAUACUUGAUCCAACAAAAUCUGCAACAGUUGCUUCAAUUAAAGCAAAUAUAGCUUCCAUUAUAAGUCUACAGAAAACAACUUCAAAAGAUAGAGGAAUUGUUUUAUUGAACUAUUUAAAAUGCCUUGCAUCCACUGGAGUCAUUAACAACAGUCCAAUCUUGAUAUCUACCAAGCGAUAUGCUCAAAUUAUACGAUGUGUUUCACCAUCAAAAUUCAUGGAAUUGUAUCUGUAUUUUUUCCAUGUUAAUAUACAAUCGGAAGAUCUCACUGUGAUAGAACGUUUAAAAAGAACAUUAGUGUCUGGAACUGAAAUUGAAAAGUUUGUAGCGAGAUCAGGUUGGAUGAAUCCUAAGUUUCAUAAUAUAUCAACAUAUGAAUUCGAAGAAGAUUACAAACAAAAAAUGAUCCAGUUUUUCACAAUCAAAGAUCUACAUGUCUUCGCUUCCAGUGCAAUUAUGAGGAAUGAUGUUGUCAAUGCCACUUUGUAUUUAAAUUUAUUGGUAUCCAAGUUUGAAACGAAAUGCAAUGAUUAUACCAAAUCUUCUUAUUACAGAACAGGUGAUUCUAAUGUAUCCGAUGAUAUUCAAGUUGUUUUGAAAGUCACCUUAGAUUACUUAAUGACAUUCAAAGAUGUCAAAACAUGUCUAAUAGUAUUGAAGUAUUUGAUCAAGAACGAUUUAAAGGUUGAAUUGCCUACCUUAGUGGCUAUUAUGAAGAAUUUAAGAUUACAUGGCCGUUUUGAAGAUGCAAUAUUAAUCAUGAAUAAUAUUGAAUUAGAUACACUUACUACUGCACAAACGUCUGAAUUGGUCGAUGAACUGUUAUUAUUGAUUAAAGGGAGAUUUCCACAAUCUCCUAAAGUCUUCCUUGGUUAUGUCGCUUCCUUUUGUGAAGGUAGAACAACUACAGAUAAAGACAAUGUAUUACAUUUCUUAAAUGAUUUGAAAUUAUUGAAUUUCGUCUACGGGGACGGAGAACUAGGCAGACUUAUCAACUUUGAUAGUAUCCAAAAGGCAAGCGUUGAUGAUAGAUUAAAAGGCUUCCAAAUCUCUGCAAAAUCUUUGGCUCAUAUUUAUGAUUGUAUUUUAAGUUCCUUGAGACGUGAAAAGAUAACUCCACAGCUUAUUGUUGAGUUGUUUCAGAGUUAUAUGGCAGCCAUUAAAGAGAUUCCGGACUCAAGCGAAGAGCUGAAUUCGAACAAGGUUCAUAUUGAAAACAAUGAUGAUCAAGUUAUAUACCACCUCAUAUCAUAUCUACUUCGUAACAUUCCUCAUGAGAAAUCUCCGUCUAAUUUAAUUAAAUCAAAUCAUAAUUUUACUACUGCCAAGCACAUUUUUCAAACAUUUUCUGAACAUAGUGAAGUAUCAGGAAAUAAAAUGAGUACGAGACUCAUUGAAAUGUUAGUUUAUUCAUCAUUAAUGAUUCAUGAUGAUUAUAAAUUUGCAGCUGAAGUAGUUCGCUUCUCAAGGACAAAUCGCGUACCGUUCACAUUUAAUCAAAUCUUCCCCUUCAUUAACUUCCAUUAUAGACGACAAGAGUUUGAUCGAGCUAAGAUUUGGUAUGAUCAAAUCAUUCAUUCAGGGAUUAGAUCUAACACCAUGGAAUCUAAAGAACUUUGGAGAAUUGCCCGUGAAGUAGGCUGGGAAACUACAGGUUUCACCUAUAGAAAAUGGAUUAUUAAGAAAAACCAUAAAGCGAGAGAAGAAUUGGCUAGGAUCAGAACUGAUCCAUUAAUAUUAUUUGGAGAACAAGAGACAGAAGAAAGGGUUACUGAAGAAUUAAUUAAUGGAGACUUCAACCCUCAUGAGAAUCAUCACAUGCAAGUUGAUGAUGGUAAUUUCAAUGCUGAAUUGGCUUCAUUGUUAUAUCAAAUCAAGCAAUAA